CGUAGCAUUAGCAACACUAGACACCAAUAUGGCGGCCACCGUUGCAGUUUGUGCGAAUUGUAAACAUCUCCACUUUGCAAACAUUAUUUUUGAUUAUAAUAAAACAACACACCUGUCAAAGGAAGCGAAUGAUGUAAGGUAGUUAUGCGAUGUUUCUUUUCAUAUUUCAGGUUAAUCCCGGAUUACAAAUCGAGCGCACACAGAUGAUGGAGAGCCUAUGAUGAGGAAGUCGUAAAGACAGCUGAGCACCAGUCUGCAACAUGGAGUCAAAUGGAGACACAGAGUCUGAGCUUUCAGCACUUGGGUUAAAAGUAAAGACUCUGGAGGGUGAGCUGAAGGCUUGUAAAAGUGAGCUCCACAAGCUGCAGAAGCAACUGAGUCAGACGGAGAGGAUCUAUAAAAACACAGAGAGCUACAAUGAGGACUUAAGAAAACAGGUAGAUAAACUCAGUAAGGAAAUUCAUGACCGUAAGAAGAGAGAAAAAAACAGAGCAGAUGCAGAAGUUCAGACGGAAGAUUCAUCUUCAUGUGCUCAAUCAGAUUAUUACCACUACUAUGAAAAUUAUCAAAGCACAAAUACGGAUGGUACAGAGCCCAGUCUGCAGACACAUGGACACUUUGAGUCUGAUUCACAGAAUCCAGGCUGUGUAGAUGGUUUCCAGCACUCUGCUACAGAGGGAGUCCUUGAAGAAGUCAGCGUACGCAACAGUGAGGGCACAUCUCCGAACCAGGAGGAGUCAGACGGCACCUCCAUUGCAGAUCUUUUGAGAGCCACAGCUGAAGCAGUAGUGUCACAGACUGGAUUUGUCUUUGAUGAAAAUUCAGGGAUGUAUUAUGAUCACAGCACAGGCUUCUACUAUGACUCGUCAAGUCAGCUGUAUUACGACGCCAACACAGGAAUGUAUUAUUACUACGACAGUGAUAGCGGCCGGUAUCAGUUUCACUCUCGAGUGGAUGUGCAGGCCUAUCCAGCUAACACCGACCCGAGCCAGGACAAGAAGGGAAAAAAGAGAAGAAAAGGGGCAGAAAAAACAGCAACACUAGAGGACAAGGAACACAAAGCAGACCAUCAAAAGGCACCUAGUUCUACUCGAGAAGAAGCUGCUGAUGAAAAGAAGUGUGAACAGAAGCGAAAGAGAGCCACGUUGGAUCCUGGAACUAAGAUGGAGACCGUCAGGUCUGUGGCCACUGGACACUGUGCUGUAGAGGAGGAUGAUGUUGAAAUGGCAGCACUCUCAAAGGAAAAUGUACAGAGAGACCAUGUGAACAGCGAAAGUGAGCCAGAAGAGGGAGAAAUCACAGAGUCUGAAAAAGAGGAUGGGUCUGCUGUUGAGACGACAGGCAGUGAAAGCAGUGAGCUGGAGGAAGAGGAAGACACAGAAGUAUGGCCUCCAUGUGUCAGGGUGACUGUGGUUCGCUCCCCAGUGUUGCAGACAGGAACACUGUUUGUUAUCACUGCAGAUAAUCCUGCUACCAUUGGGAGGGAGAAGGACAUGCAGCAUGCAAUACGAAUACCUGAACUUGGUGUUAGUAAGUUCCAUGCGGAAGUAUACUUUGACAUUGAGUUACAAAGCUACGUACUGGUAGACCAGGGGAGCCAGAAUGGUACAGUCAUCAAUGGAAACAGAAUUUUACAGCCCAAAACUAAAUGUGACCCUUGCAUAUUGGAACACGGGGAUGAAAUAAAGAUGGGUGAAACGGUCUUAUCUUUUCACAUCCACACUGGUAAUGACACGUGUGAUGGGUGUGAGCCAGGUCAGGUUCUAGCACACCUGAGCCUUAACAAGAAGGAAGAAUGGGCUGGACCAGUGCUAAGCAAAGAAGAGAAGGAGGUAGUGAGACAGAAAGAGCUUAAACACAUUAAAGUCAAGUAUGGACUGAAGAACAGUGAUUAUGAAGGUGCUAAAGCUCUGAAAAACUCAAAGUACAAAGACCGGGCACAGAAAAGAAGACAGACGGUCGGCAGUGAAGGGACUUUUCAAAGGGAUGAUGCUCCAGCUUCAGUUAACGUUGAAAUCGACAAUAGUAACAAAGGACGGAAAAUGCUUGAGAAGAUGGGAUGGAAGAAAGGGGAUGGAUUGGGCAAGGAUGGUUUAGGAAGGAAGGAACCAGUCCAGCUGAAAAUCCGUAAGUCCCAGGCUGGUCUGGGCACCAAUGCUUCACUUUCUGUGGAAGAAGCUCUGACACUCAAAACCAAGAACCAGAAGAACUGGGAGAAGGCCAGGGAGAGGUUUGCAGACACUUGCCAAACUACUGGUACCCCCAAGAAGAAAGAAAAGCCCAAAGUGAAAUCCUGGGUCCGAAGUGAAGCAGAAUAGGAAAGCCAGGUCCUACGAUGGACUGGUGUAGAUUAUUUAAGCAAGUUGCUUUUAUCUCUUUCUUUAAAAAAAUAAAAUAAAAAAGUUGUUUUCAAAAAAGCCUUCCAAUAAGUAGCUGUAAAAGGAAAGUGGACAUGCAUUGAUUGUAUUCUGAAUUUGACACUGUCACUUGUUGGUAUCUAACAGUUCAGUAUCAGCCUAUGCCUGAGAUCAUUUUCAUUGUGUGUAGAAGCUGCUUACAUUUAUUUUUGCUUUUGUAUUAAAACCGGUCUACUAAUUAGAACCUGAAAUAUAA